ACCCGUGUCCUCACAGAACGGCGGCGCGGGCCAGAAGGGUACGAGCGAAAGCAUCCCAGACUCAGGACCGAUCAACCGGACCCCGCGGGAACCACGAACCCGAAAACAGCGGCCAACGCUACAGACGACGACAUGCCCAUCUGCACCGUGCUGGAGAAACGCAACGGCGAGGUGGUGGGAGCUGAGCUGAGCUGCAGCGUGCGGGAGGAGAACAGGGCUCAGAGGGAGAGCUACAGCGCCGAGUGGCACAACGUCAGCCUCAAGACCCGGCCUCAGGACAGCCAGACGGUGAAGAUGAACGACGACUCCCGCCGGGAGACCAUGACCCGGCAGUGGCAGGCCCGCGCGCUGGUGCAGACCUGCCCCUCGGGCGUCUUCAGAGUGGGCACGCUGGAGACGGGGGUGAGGGAGCACCAGCUGCUGCCCAAGAGGCUCACGCUGCCCCUGCCCAUGUUCUCCCCCGCCGACCUGGGCCUCCGGUUCGGCCGCGGGGCCCCGCACGGCGAGGAGGACCUGAGGCCCUUCCCGGCGCCAGACGGCGUGUGUCCCACCAAGAGGUCCGUGGACGAGAUCACCAGAGACCUGCCCCCGGUCAAGCCCACCUUCCUGGAGUUCGCCAAAGCGCCCAGAGACCUGGGCCGCUCCAUGUCCCAGGAGGCCCAGAGGGGCUGAAGAGCCACCAGGGCGGAGGGGGACGGCGGAGAAAGGAAGAGCAUGACAAGAUGUAUAUAGAUUUAUCUCUAGUGGCGUUUGCCAUGAAUCCUAAAAACUGUAGAUCUUUAGCACUUUCUGUGUUCAGCACAGUCUAAAUGUCACGCUUGGUUAUUGUUGGCAUUCGGUGGUCAGUGGGAUUAUGGUGAUGUGAAUGUGUUUGCAUUGUGACAGGCGGUGGGGGGGGGCUCUCAGCUGUGCCCUGGGUUAAUCUCUGCCUCUUCUGGACAGCUGGCCCCUCCUUAUCUGCUAAUCUCCCCGUGGAGUCGCCCGUCGGGAGCCGUGGGGGCAAACGCCCCCUAGUGGCGGAUCAGGGGGUUGCGUGACGCGUGGAUCAGGAGGUGAAGGCGAGGAGCGACGUAGACGGUGACGGAGGGGGAAAAAUGACAAACUGUGACGAGGGAGAGGGCUACGCUCUCCCCAGACCUCAUCAGUGUGUGUGUGUGAGCAAGCGUGCGCUGACUGAAACACUGAUUGUGCAACAUGUGAUCCUGCCUCUUAGUUCACACCAGCUUGUGUUUAAAUGUGGCAGAGGAGCAAAAAGCGUCACGAAAUGGAAGCGUGUGAAAUGAUACUGAAGUAUUUGUCUGUUGAGAUAUUUAUUAUUUUUAUAAAUAAAAACCUUAUCACUCA